AUGAACGUCAAGGUGAUUCCGCUGGAGGAGACGCGGUUCCAAGGCGUGGCGAACGCGGCGAAGGCGGAGACGGCGGCGGAGAGGAAUUAUAGAAUCGCGCAGUUGGUGGUGGGCGAUUGCGCGGCGCUGCUGGCGUUCGCGGCGAUCGGUCGGGGAAAUCACGGGGAAGGGAUGUACGCGGCGGAUGUCGCGGCGACGGCGGCGCCGUUCGCGCUCGGGUGGUUCGGAGCGAUGAAAAUCGGGGAUAGUUUCGGGAAAGACGCGCGGGGGAGCGAUGGAAUGAAAGCAGCGGUGAGCGCGGGAAAGACGUGGGCGGUCGCGGGACCCGUGGGUUUGGCUUUGCGCGCGCUCGGGAAAGGCGCGGCGCCGCCCGCGCCGUUCGUCGUCGUCUCGCUGACGUUCGCGGGUGCGUUUUUAAUCGGUUGGCGCUACUGGUUCGCGAACUCGAAGAGCGACUCGGGGCGCGGAAACAAACAAGGCAACCCGCUCGAGUUCAUGAACUUGCUCUUCGGCCUCGUCAAGCGCUGGUGA